GGUUACACGUUCCCUCUUGCCCACCUGUCAGCUGUCAGCGUAGCAGGUACGUGUUUAAUUGUUGAGCAUCAUCAUCCUUAAAGAGGAUAAAGAAGAAGAAGAAGGAAGUGCGUGGCUGGGCCGCUGUUUCAGCCGUGUGCUGGGCAUCAACGUUGUCCCGGGCGCCCCAUCAAACAGGCGCGGUCCAUGGCCGUACCGGUUACAUCGCGCUAUCUGACAACACGCACACAGCCACGAGGUUCCCGGCUAUGGCGAAGGGUCCUCGGCACUGUCGUGGGCCUUGUCAUCGGCUCCUGCCUGCUGGUGCUCAUAGGCAUGAUCGCCAGCAUGGAUGUCUUCAUGCCUAGCAACGGUGUCUACCGCAACGUCAGCCACACCAACAUGGGCGUCCUCGAGACCGUGAUCACGGUCGCGGUGAAGAACAUCGCCGAUCGCUACUGGCGUUCCGACAAACGCGUCGGCGCCCCCGCUACCCACACCACCGACAGCAAGGACUCCUCCCUGUUGCUCAUCCAGAACCGGUCGCUGGCAUUCCACGAGGAACUGCGCGGACAGCUGUCCAUGGGCGCGCGCCCUCCCGACGUUGGCGACGGCACAGCUUAUGGCUCGACAGAGUUAGCUGUGCGGGCCACUGAAGUGCCCGGCGUAAGACUGGCAGCGAGCAGGGGCUUCGGCAGGCGCGGCCCUUCGUUAACAGUGGCGCGAAAUUUCCGGAGGAAACGUCGGAACCGACUACAUCGGUAGGUCGCCGACUUGUGGAGAAUGACGAGGUGCUGCAGAUGGUAUGAGUAAAUGCGUCAGAAGACACUGGAAAAACGCAGGCUUUUUUUAUUCGUUUCUCACGUGCGAGUCAAAACGUCGUGACGCAGAAGAUGGUCACAUGAGAGCAGUACAUUAUGAAGCUUCGGCACUCGCUUCAGUCGUCUGCAGUGCUGCUACACCGCGUGCCGCAACGACCAGCGGUACUGUAGAAGAGCAAGCGGGACUGCGCAAGUGCCAAAAUAUCCUGCUCCGACGUGACCAUUUUUCUACGUCACGACGUGAUGACACACACCCCCUGCGAAAAGCGAAACCAAAACUGGUUCGUAGGGAAGCUAGUACAGUAAAUUAAUUAGCGCGCUCUGUGGUCCUUUGACGACCACUGAAACCAAGGGCCGCCACGAGGUGCAGUGGCUGAAUCGAACAAAUUCACGCAAGCCAUCGACUAUGGAGAACUCGGAUUUCAACGGUCACUUGUUCCAACAGUUGAUGAAAGUAGACGUGUAGCAUACACGUUCUUAGGGGUGAAAGCGGAGAGGACAGGACGGGCCGGAACAGAUAUGGCCCGAAACUCCAACAGAUGAUGCCGUAAGUAAAAGCUGUGUAUUCUGAGCAUAUAACUAGGAAGGUUGGGAUAAUUUUGCGAUGGUGUGGGCUAUCAUCAUCAGCCACGUUUAAGUCCACUGCAGGACGAAGGCCUCUCCCUGCGAUCUCCAAAUACCCUGUCCGCCGCGAACCGAUUCCAACUUGCGCCUGUGAAUUUCUUAAUUUCAUCACUCCAACUAGUCUUCUGCCGUCCUCGACUGCGUUUCCCUUCUCUUCGCACCU